GGCCCAGGGCUCAGUUUUAGUUCAGUUCUCUAUCAGUUCGGUCCUGUGUUUUGUUGUUUUUUUUAUUUAUCUGUUAUUAUGGUUUAAUAACUUAACAAACUUUACAACUCAGAUACAUCUCGUGCUCAAAAAACCAGUGAACAAAAUGGAAAAGAAUAUGUUUUUGUCACGCGUGAAAAAAUGGAACAAGACAUUUCGGAAGGGAAGUUCAUAGAGCACGGGGAAUACAAAGGGAAUCUGUAUGGAACAUCAGCAGAAAGUGUGGAAACUAUAGUGAACUCAGGGCGCGUAUGUGUUCUGAGUCCUCAUUGGCAAGCGUUGAAGAUGCUGCGAACCCCGAGACUGCGGCCGUACAUUAUAUUUAUAAAACCACCGUCGUUAAAGACACUUUCCGAAACCAGGACUGCUGCGAAUGCGCGCUCGACAUUUGACAAGGAGAGCUCGAGAGCUUUUACAGAAGAGGAGUUCGCAGAUAUUAUAAGGUCAUCGAAUCGUAUAAAUUUUCUGUAUGGCUACAUGUUUGACGAGGAGAUAGUAAAUGAAGAUCUGGCUACCGCACUCACACAGCUUCUGAAAAUGGCCUGGCGGGUGCAGUCCGAGCCGCUUUGGGUCCCGGCGGCUUGGGUGCAGUAAGAUGUAUCCGGUUGUAACGUUAGUUUAAGUUAGUUCAAUUCUAGUCAAAUUUUUGUUCAGUUAGGAUUUUUAGAAUAAUUUUGUUAAUAUUUGUUAAUUAUUUAUAGACCUUUUAGUAUUUUUUUUUUAUUGUAAUCGCUGGCAAAAAAAAAUAUCAGUCAUUAUAUUUUCGCGUUCUUUCGUAUUUCUAUUUUUUUUGUCCUUUUGAUGUAAAAAUGUAUAUACUUGUGUUUUCCGUAUUCAAUUUAUGUGCCCUUUUAGGUAUAGAUAUAUUUAUUUAUAAAAAAUAUUAAUCGUCCUAUGUGUGCGUAAUCUCUAAACCCAGGAAAACUCCAAUGCUUUAGACCCGUAACUGCAAUCUGCGUGAUUUUAGAUGUGUUCCUUUGACAAAUGAUCAUUAAUACGUUAAUUUGGAUCGAGGCGAUUGUAAAAUGUUAAUAAAAGUAACCUUAUAACAGCACCACCUGAAAGCCAGCGACGGAGUAUUACAUUAAAUUAUAUUAUAUUAUAGGAAUAUCCGACCUAUUUACUACAAAUGCUACACGUAGAGCAUUGAGCGUAUAGCACGAAGGAAACUUAAUAAAAUGCAAACUCAUAAAUUCGCUAAUGCACAUGAUACUCAUUCUCAUUAUUCAUGAAUCACCAAACCAUAUGAUAAUAUAAGUUUAGUUAAUCAGUACGUCUUCCUUGCCGUGCUAUAUGCUCAAUGAUGUGUGUGACAAAAUGUUUAAUCAAAUCUUCUUUAACUGAGUCGCGAAAUCUCUUCGAGUUGUCUCCAGUACUUUAUAUACCGAUGAUUGGCUCACCGCGUGUAUGUUAUUUUCACAAAUCUUCAUAUAUUUCCUAGAAUUAAUGAUAUAUACAAAUAUUCAUUAGGUAACGUAUUGGUAACGAUGUUGUAGUAUCGGUUUGCAAUAUUUAUUAGCUUAUUUACUAUUCGUAUUACAAUUCUUAUCAGUAAUCAGAACUCGAUACACGAUGGUUCCAGUACUCUUAGAGCCCUUAGUUCUUGUAUCGUAUCUUUUACUUCUAGUCUCGGUAACUGUACUCUCACGCGGUAGGACUUGCGACCUUCUGAUCUUUAUUUAUUGGAAUAAAUUUUUGAAAAGUAGAAUGUCUUAAUCGAAGUAAUAAGUAAUCUACGAGCCUCUCUCAAAGCCCUAUAGUUUACUAGAGCGCCUCUAUUUAAUCUUUCAAAGACGCGCCAAUACGUUUCUUUAAUAAAAAUCUUAUAAUAUAUUUAUUUUUUAACGUAAUUAGUAUGUAAACGUGUUAAGGGUGAUCGAUAUUCCCCGCACUCUUUUACGCUAAAGGCAAACGAACCGUAGUUGUAAAUACAUAGUUCGUACAAGAGUAUUUUAUCUUAGGGUAAGUAAUGUACAUUACAAUAAUAUUUUUUAAAAUUGCUUUCAAAACGUAGUUCUUAGAAUAGGGAUUUUAUAUCCAAGGAUUCCACCGCUGCGGACAUUUAUUUAAAUAUUAUUAUUGAUAUUUAGAUAAAUGCUGUAUCUGAGUGAGGUUGAUGUUGUUUUAGUAAACUAUAAUAAGAAAGUUCAUUUGUAUUUAAAAGCCAGUUAAAAGUU